AUGGCUCCGAAAGUAUUUUGGCGUGCCGAAAGUCAUGUCGAAAUCGAAAGUCAUAUCGAAAGUCCUACCGAAACUCGAAAGUCCUACCGAAACUCGAAAGUCUUACCGAAACUCGAAAGUCCUACCGAAACUCGAAAGUCUUACCGAAACUCGAAAGUCCUACCGAAACUCGAAGUCCUACCGAAACUCGAAA